AUGAUAAUUGAUUUGGCUGAAAAACAUGAACCUUCUUCCACCAACCAGAGAGGAAGCUCUACAAAAGUAUCGAGAAUCCAUGAUGCUAUUCGCGAAAGUCGGAAAGAAAAGAGGGAAAGCAUAUCAAAUUCAAAUGAGGUUAACUCUCAAAUACCGAUUUCUGAUAGACAGGAAAAUGGUCCUCUAAAAUUUCCGGGUGUCGACUACAAUGCAAUCCAAGAUAAUUUCAAAGUUACGACACAUUUCCGACCAGUCAGUCAACUGACAAAAAAGGAAAUCGUGAGUCAAAUAAACUCGGUCUAUGAUCCUAUCGGACUCGCUGGACCUCUACUUGUCAAUUUUAAAGCAAUGAUGAGAGAAGUGCUUGAAUACAAAGAUCUAGAAUGGAGAGAUGCCCUUGAUCAACCGAUCUGUGAAAGAUGGAACAAACUUUGCAAAGAUGUCAAUAACGCAGUAACCCCCGUUCCCAGAUCCAUCUCUCAACAGUGUAGCAAAAUGUGCCUGUGGGUAAUUCGCCGACGCUAG